AUCUUGCAAGAUAAAAUCGACUCAUUAAAAAAGCAGAAAUGUGAAUCAACUGCUUUUACGGUUCAUAAAUUAUGUUUUUAUGAAUUAUUAAUUAUAUUUUGCAUCCACGAAGGCGUCGGACCGCAUGUUGCCAUUCCACAGCCACGCGUCAUCUUUUCUCGGCUGCUGAGUUUGUGGCAGAAGCUCCUCCGUAGCGGUUUCAUCUAAAUUAUGCAUGCGGCCUUUUUUUUUUUUUUUUUUUUUUUUUGUCGUCUUUUGGGUGGCGACGCACGCUAGCAGUCACUGUCAUUUCGAGCUCAUUGCCAUGCGCACCUUCUCGCAAGGCGAGUGACCUUCACGAGUCCUCUUCGUCUACUUUCCUCUUCGCACGGGGGCACAAGUCGCUGUCGUUAAAAAAAAAAAAAAAAAGCACUUCUUCCGAGAUUGUUUAUUGUCCUAGCUCUCUUUUUUAAAAGGCAGAGAGGCGCUGCCAAAGUGCGGCUUUGACCCAGGAGGCGUGGACAUGACGAUGGUGAUGUAAGAACAUGCAUCAACGUACAUUUACAAGCUCGUGAAUACUGCAGCCUCAGCUGGAUGCAGUCGAUUGCCCCCCCCCCCCCCCCCCAGUCCCGUCUGCCCCUCCUCUGCUCACUUCCCCUGCGCUCUCUCUCUUUCUCUCUUUCUCUGUGCACCUCGAGCUUUGGUAGCGGUACUCUUGAGCAUCCUUGCUAUAAAUAUCCGCUGGUAGCAGAGCGGCGGCGGCAGCAGGCAGGCAGGCAGGCCGGAGGGAGGUGCCGGAGAUCGGAGCACGGGACGGCAGACGAUAACAGAAAGUAGUUUCGAAAUGUUUUAGUUGUCGGGAGUCUCUUCUGGGCUGGAUUCAAAAGCGUCGAGAGGAUGGAGCCGCGCUUCGACCAUGCCGGAAGCGAGCGGCUUUGCGUUUUGUAGAGCCAUGUGGGCCGGGGGUGGGGCUGAGAUGUCAUGCUACUGUGUUGCUGGUGGUGCCUGAGGUCUGAAACGGUAGAGCUGGACAGCAGGCGGGUGGACCACCCUACCGCCGCCAUCACAGCCCUCGACCGCUGGGAGACCCAAACCGCCAAAGGCGUCCCGCGGAGCUCUCAGAGCGUGAAGAAUUCAACCUUCAGCCUGCCUUCCUACCACAGCUACAGCAACAGCUACGACUACUCGGAGCAGAGUCGGCAAAGCGAGCACGCCGGCCUGUGCGGGCUCUCCAACCUCGGCAACACUUGCUUCAUGAACUCCGCCGUGCAGUGUUUAAGUAAUAUCCCUCCCCUGACGGACUACUUCCUCAAAGACAAGUACAUGAGCGAGCUGAACGAGGACAACCCGCUGGGCAUGAAGGGAGAGAUCGCCCGAGCCUACGCCGAGCUGAUAAAGCAACUGUGGUCGUGCAAAUUCAGCUACGUGACGCCGAGGCCUUUCAAGACCCAAGUGGGCCGCUUCGCCCCUCAAUUCUCAGGCUACCAGCAGCAGGACUCUCACGAGCUGCUGGCUUUUUUCCUGGACGGCCUUCACGAGGACUUGAACCGGAUCAGGAAGAAGCCGUACAUACAGCUCAAGGAUGCUAACGGACGGCCCGAUAAGGUGGUGGCCGAGGAGGCUUGGGAGAACCAUAUCAAGAGGAACGACUCCAUCAUCGUGGACAUCUUUCACGGCCUUUUUAAGUCCACGUUGGUGUGUCCUGUGUGCUCCAAGGUCUCUGUGACCUUUGACCCUUUCUGUUACUUGACGCUGCCUCUUCCCAUGAAGAAAGAGCGCACCCUGGAGGUGUAUCUCGUCCGACUGGAUCCUCUGGCCAAGCCCACACAGUACAAACUAACCGUGCCAAAGGUGGGCUACAUCUCCGACCUGUGUACCUCACUCUCCGCUUUGUCGGAGGUUCCUGCUGAGAAGAUGAUCGUGACGGACAUCUACAGCCACCGUUUCCACCGGAUCUUUGCCACCAACGACAACCUUAGCAGCAUCAUGGAGAGAGACGAUAUCUACGUGUUUGAGCUCGCCGUGAACCGAGUGGAGGACACGGACCACGUGGUGAUUCCGGUGCACCUGAGGGAAAAAUAUAAACAGUCGGGGUACAACCAGACGAGCACGCCGCUUUUCGGCCAGCCUUUCCUCAUCGCCGUGCCGAGGACGCUGAACGAAGACAAACUCUACAACAUGCUGCUGCUGCGCCUUUGCCGCUUUGUGAGAUCCACCGUCGCGGAAGACGAGGACGGCCGCGACGAGACCCGGUCGAGCAAAGUGCACGCGGUCAACGGCGACGCCACCAAUGGCGUGUUGGAGGAGGGGUCGCCGAGCGAGAUGGAGACGGACGAGCAGGACGACGAGUCCAGUCAGGAUCAGGAGCUGCCCUCCGAGAACGACCACAGCCAGUCCGAGGACUCUGUGGGCGGGGACAACGAGCUGGAGAACGGCCCGGUCAUCCCGCAGAACUCCACCAAAGGCCAGCAGAGCAGCGGGCACAGCAAAAAGAGACUUUUCACAUUCCAGCUCAAUAACAUGGGCAAGGAGGACACCAGGCAGAUCCGCUUCGACGAGGGACACUUGCGGCUCAACGACCGAUCUUACCUCUCUUUGGAUUGGGAACCCGAGAUGAAGAAAAAGUACUUUGACGACAUGGUCGUUGAGGACUUCGACAAGCACGAGAGCAUGGACUACAAGCCUCAGAAGAAGGCCUACUUUAAAUUAAAAGACUGCAUCGAAUUGUUCACCACCAAGGAGAAGCUAGGAGCCGAGGACCCUUGGUACUGUCCAAACUGCAAGCAGCACCAGCAGGCCACGAAGAAGCUGGACCUGUGGUCUCUACCUCCGGUGCUCGUGGUCCACCUGAAAAGAUUCUCCUACAGUCGCUACAUGAGGGAUAAACUCGACUCGCUUGUCGACUUUCCGCUCAGCGAUCUGGACAUGUCUGAGUUCCUGAUCAACCCCAACAGCGGGCCGUGUUGUUACGACCUCAUCGCCGUGUCCAACCACUACGGCGGCAUGGGCGGAGGCCACUAUACCGCUUACGCCAAGAACACCAACGACGGCAAGUGGUACAACUUCGACGACAGCAGCGUGUCGCCGGUCAGCGAGGAUCAAAUAGUGUCCAAAGCGGGCUACGUGCUCUUCUACCAGCGCCAGGAUACCGUCAAAGGCACCGGCUACUUCGCUCUGGACCGGGAGAAAGAAGAGGAGGAGGACGACGGCGAAGAGGAUGAUGGGGAGGGCGGCGGCGACGAAGAAGAAGAUGGGGAGGAGGAGGAAGAAGUGGAGGACGAUGAGGAGAACGAAGGCAGGCGGAGCACCUCCUCGGCGCGGGGCGCGGCCUCUCCGGUCGCCGUGAGCGACGACCCGAACGAGAACCGGCGCGCUAAGAGCGACGGGUCGGAACGUGAGGAAGAAGAGGAGGCGCCCAGUCGAGAUGUUACCAUGAGCGCUAACUGAUGAGCAAUGGAGGUUGCGAUCUUUCCAUCCAAAGCCAUAUGGACGCACAGCAUGGCAAGCCGGCGCCAUCAGGCCCACCCGGGCUCGCCCGGUGGAGCCAAAGCGGGCGUGACCUUUUACGGUACGCUGAGAAUUGGGAGCCGUGGCUGAAUCACUGUUUGCACACGCGUCACCUGUUACAUUUUUUUUUGUUUUUGUUUCAAAAGGAAUUUGUGGCCGUUGCGUUCGGAGGUCAGAGCAGUUUGAGCCUUUUUAUAUAUCUCUGAGAGAAAUUUCUGCUUUUAGUCUGGUUGCGUUGUACAUAUUUUAAACACCGAGGUGUUGUCAUUCUGCGCUUGAAGCAUUGUGGACUCGCACAGUCACCAAUCAUCCGCUUUCUUUUUUUUGAAAUUCUUCCAUUUGCCGGACACUGCAGUCAUUCAGAGAUGAAUGUGACGUGACUUUUCUCUGAAAACUCCCCGACAACGUGCACAGGAAUCUGCCUUCAUCCGCGCGGGCGUUGCGCAUAUCAAGUCUGCCCGCUCUUUAUUUAUUUUCUUUUGAUUAAAUUGCCAAACUUGCUCUUGCUGUGACCUUGUUUUCAUGUCCAGCUGUUCUGGCGCCCUCUGUUGGCCGUUUAGCCACUCCACUUAUCUGCAUCUUUGACAACCUUGACGUGCCAUCAAUGCGAGAGGAACUUAAAUCGCCUGCUCUGCAUUUUGCAGUGUUAGCGCCAUCUUGUGUGUGCUCAGCCUUAACUUUUAAAUCCCCCCCCCCCCCACACCCACUUUUUUGCAUGGCCCCUUUAAACACACUUGAAUGUCAACAUAAUUUAAAAAGGUCUUGACCACAUGUAUUGCCUUUUCUUUUUCCAAUUCUCAGUCGGGCCAUGUUAGUUCUUUAUUUUUUCUUUCCCGGGUUGGUUGAAUGUGUCUCUCUCCAAGAGAUGAUGCUCCUGACCUUUUGGGUCAGGUUAAAAAAGGAAGGGAGGGGGGAGUUCAGCACCUCUGCUGCUUGCCUUGCUUUUCGGACGCCCCCCCCCCCUCUCCCCUUCCGGAAUGAGCGCGAACAAGACUGCUACAAUAGGACAUACUGUACUGUACAUAAGAGUUCACUCUGUGAGUGCACAUUUGAUAAAAGCUUAUUUAUUUAUAUGUAAGCAUUUAAUAACAUUUAAAACUCUGGCAAGAGAUGAAAGAUUGGGAAUGGAGAUGAUGAGGUGCUCUUGUCAGGGAGGGAAUUCCUUUCUUCAUUUCGAAAUAAAAGGAUGGCUCUGUUUGGGACUUUUUUUUUUUUGUAUAAAAGAAAGACUCCAGGCGUCCUUGCAUGUUAAGGGGUUUCCAGGUUUGGCUGCACUUGAGUUCACUUGGGUUUACAUUUGAAAUGUGCAUGUGUAUUUAUACACAGUCUUCAAUAAAGUUGUAUCAAGCUU